AGCUCCACAACCCGUAAGCGCGUUCCGUUGCACAGACCGAGGUCAGGAUUGAAGUUCCUCAUCAUCAUGAUAGGAACCCCCUCCUUAAGUAUCAGUCUGUGUGGCGGAAUUCCGUUGAUCACCUCCUGCUCAAAAAAAUCGCCGCUCUUGUCGUCCUCCACCGCGCCAACUGACAAAUACUCGUGGGCCGUGGUCGGUAGUCGUUCCGAGACCGCAGCAUUGAUACGAUGUACCAUGGCGUUCGUAGUCGUCAGAAUGGUUCGG